GAUGAUGAAGAGGUUGAUUGGAGUAAAAGAGAAGAUGACGAGAUAUCAAUUUCACUAAGACUUACACAAAAAACAUUGAAAAAACAAAUUGAAAUUAAUGAAAAUCGAAAGAACAGAUUAACUGAGAUUGUUAAAAUGAGGAUGGCGUACCAAGAAUAUGAAACUUUGAAAGAUGGAUUAGACCGAGUGAUUGAAUUGGCAUGGACCAAACGAUUGAAAAAGAAAGAUAAUGGUAGUGGUAAUGGUAGUGGUAGUAGUAGUAGUAGUAGUGCAACAGGAGUGAAGGUGGCGAUUGAGAAUCGGAAUGCGUUUAUCAUGGGUAUUGGAAGCUUGAUGGAAGGAAUUGGAAAUCGAAUGCCAGAGAAAAGUAUAUAUGAUGAAUGAUGUCAUAGAAGAUCUUGAUGGAUAAUCGUUUGUUGUAGUUGUUGUUUGUAUUUCUGUUACUUAAUUUUGGAGUUAU